GCAGCUAAAGCUGGAGUCCCAAUCAAUUUAACAAGAAAACUGUCCACAUACACGAGCUCCAUGGUUUUCAGAGCAGCAUUUGGGAAAGCAUGCAGACACCACAAGGACACAUUCUUGCAGGUACUGAAGGAAGCACUACCCCUAGUAAGUUCCUUUGGUGUUUCUGAUCUUUUCCCGUCAUACAAGAUUCUUCAUUCCUUUAGUUGGGUGAUGGAUAAAUUCGCCAAGGUGCACCAAAAGAUUGAUGUAAUCUUCGACAACAUAAUUGCUGAGCAUGUUGAGAACCUAGCGAGAACAAAUAAGGGCAUGGGAGAGUCCGGGGAUGAAGAUCUAAUUGAUGUUCUACUCAGAAUAAAAGCUAGUUAUGACCUUCAAGUUCCAAUUACCAACAAUAACAUCAAAGCUGUUUUGAUUGAUAUAUUCUCAGCGGGAACUGAAACUGCAUCCUCAACAGUGGAAUGGGCUAUGGCUGAGAUGAUCAGAAAUCCACAUGCGUUGGCUAAGGCUCAGAGUGAAAUAAGGAAAGCCUUUAUGGGAAAGGCAACGAUAACUGAAGAAACGGAUCUUCAGGAAUUGAAAUAUCUAAAGAUGGUCAUCAAAGAAACUCUAAGAAUGCACCCUACUGGAGCAAUUUUAGUUCCUAGAGAGUGUAGGGAAGAAUGUGAAAUAGAUGGAUACCUCAUCCCAGUCAAAACAAGAGUCUUAGUUAAUGCUUGGGCACUGGGAAGGGACCCUGAGUAUUGGGAUGAUCCAGAGAGUUUUAGACCUGAGAGAUUUGAAAACAAGUUUGUUGAUUUUGCAGGAACUCAUUUCGAGUAUCUCCCGUUUGGUGCAGGAAGGAGGAUUUGCCCAGGAAUCUCAUUUGGUUUAGCCAAUAUUGAGCUUCCAUUAGCUCUUUUGCUUUACCAUUUUGACUGGAAACUGCCGGAUGGAUUCAACUCCAAUGAUUUAGACAUGAGCGAGAAUGGGGGACUAGCUGCCUCAAGAAAACACAACCUUUGCUUGCUGGCCUCCUUGCAUGGUCCUGCCCUUGAUAUGGCGUGCCAAACUCCAACAAGAGAUUGAAGUUUUUCAUCACCACCAUAGUUUGAUUUACAACAAAAAUAUAUUACUGUUUGGUGGAAA